AUGCCCUGCAAUAUAGUAUAUAUAUAUCAGGCAAAACGUGUGGGACAAAGGGAUGAAAAAGCAGAAGAUAAGCCAAGUGCCAGAACAGAACUCUCGGAACCGUCAACCACCCGUGGCCGCGGCUGCAGCUACUGCAGCCGCGCGCUCUGUGCACCGAGGCUGCCACAGCAGCUCUUACUAAGCAGCUGCUGUGGCAGCCACAGUUUGCAGCGCAGCGCGCGGUGCGAGGGGUGCCCGUGGACCUCGUGCGGGACGGCAUUCCGCACGAGGUUUUGUGUUACCCGGAGUGCUUUGUUUUUUGCACAGUGGAGGGGGGAACACAGUACAGCACCGUUGUCUAUAUACCUUUUGGACAGAGCGUGGCACUGCAAGUGCUGUCACAGUCUGCGGGAACUGCCCACCACUGUCACUGUUAUCCCGGUUGGGCAACUACUACACAACAAGAAAUGCUCGUGUGUGUGUGUGUGUGUGUUUAGCACUAUCCCAUCACGUGCAAUCCCGCAGUCACGUGAUAUGGUCUAG